AUGUUAGAAGAAGUUAAUAAUAGUGAAGGAAAUGAUUUUUAUUCAAUCACAGUAUUUACCUUUUCAACAAUAUUAAGUUGGUUCUUUUCAUUAGUAUCUUAUAUAACCAUAACUUUAUCCUCAUGGAUACUACGAAUCCUUUCAUGGUCGUUUACAUUACGAUUAAAUUUUAUCACAUUAUUAAUAAUUUUUGUAAUCGUGAUAACCAUAACAUAUUUAAUUGUUAGAUAUCGUAUAUUGACGAAAUAUUCCCGACUUCCAACAGAAACGACAGCAACUAAACAAGGUUCAUACGAUUUACAUCCAGCACAUGAUGGAGAGAAUGUUAGUAAUAUUAAGCAUUAUCCUGAUGAAUUCCUUAGCAUGUUUUUGGAAGGUAUUAAAAUAUUUGGAUAUUUGGAAAAACCAGUUUUUCACGAGUUAGCAAGACAUUUGUCUACAAAAAAGUUAUUGGCGGGAGAAAGUUUAAUGUUGGAAAAAGAAAGAAGUUUUUAUAUCGUCGUUGAUGGAUUUGUUCAAGUAUUUGUUAAAACGGCUAAUGAAGAAGAUAUUGUAUUGGACCCUUUUGAAAGUGAUGAUUAUAAUAGAGGAUAUCAAUUAUUAAAUGAAGUUACUAAUGGUGGGACUUUGAGUAGUUUAUUCACCAUUCUUAGUUUAUUCACCGAUGAUAUCGAUAUAAGGUACGAUGAUCCCGAACAGAGACAAAAUGAAGAAAAGAAGGAAGCGAACGUAAAAGGAGAAAACAAUAUUGGAGAAUACUGUGAAGAAGAAAAGGGAAAUAAUGAAAAGAUUGGAGAGAAGACUGAACAAAUUCGCUCACUAGAAGAUGGUGGAUGGUCAAAUGCUCGGCCAUCACCGGUUGAUACAAAAAGUGAACGGAGUACAAAUUCACGCAAUUCAGCUUCUUAUACAAGACCAAGUAUAUUACGAAGAUUAUCAAAGGAAUUGGCAAACACAUCCGUUAAUCCUAAUAUAACAGCAAGGGCAACAGUUGAUACUACAUUAGCGGUAAUACCAGCAGAAGCAUUUCACAGAUUAACGGAGAAAUUUCCAAAGUCUGUGGCAAAUAUAGUUCAAGUUAUAUUGACGCGUUUUCAACGCGUUACACUUUGGACGGGAUACAAGUAUUUGGGAUUAACAAAAGAUUUAUUAAGAACAGAGAAAUUAAUGAAUGAUAUAGCAAGUUAUGGACUUUCUAAAGAUUUCUUUAAGGCGGGAAGUAUGGAAAGAUUACGAAUGAAAUUUGUUGGAAAUAAUAAAAAAUAUCAUCCAAGAGAGAUCAGACAUCAUGAUAUGGAUAUGAGCGAUAGUGGAUUAAUUAAUAAAGCGAAGAAGACUAAAUCAUCUUUUAGACCUAGAAUCGAUGUAAUAUAUGAAAGCGACACAAAGGCUACAAAAGUAGAACCGUCCAAUGGAUCACCUACUAGUCCAACUAGCAGAAAAGAUUAUGAUACAGAAGAUGAUUUGUAUCUUAGAGAAUCUGUACUUGAAGGAAUUUCAAAGGGUAUUGGAUUACUACAAAGUAAUAACAAUAGUCGAAAUGCUACUACUGUGACUGGUUGUAAUAAUCAACAACAGAAUUCAAGACAUAAUUCACUUGAUUCAAAUACAUCACAAGAACUUGGAACUAGUGGUUCAUAUAGUAGUUUGGCUACUUUAUUGAAUAUUUCAGAUGAUGAUUCGGUGGCGGAAACCAUCUCUUCAAUGACUAGUGAAUUAGAUAAUGAUGUUGAAAUAUUGUAUUAUCAAAAAGGUAGUUUAUUAGUAGAGGAAGGAGAAAGGAAUGUAGGAUUGUUCUUUGUCAUUGAUGGAUUAUUGGAUGUAUUUGUCACGUCUAAUGAAAAUAACUUUCUUAACAAAUAUUCAAAUCUUUCUGCUUCUACAAAGGGUCAUCAUAAAAAGAAAGAUUCUAAUAAUAAUAACGUUAGCCUUAAUUCAACUACUACUAAAGACAAGAGUUUAUUCAUGAUUAAACCAGGUGGUUUGGCAGGAUAUUUAGCUGCACUUACCGGGUUUCAUAGUUUCGUUAAUAUUAGAGCGAGUACAGACACAUAUGUUGGAUAUUUAUCUAAACAAUCAUUAAACAGAUUAAUGGAAAAAAAUCCCAACGUAUUAUUAACAUUAGCCAAAAGAUUAAUCACAUUAUUAUCACCAUUAUUAUUACAUAUCGAUUUUGCUUUAGAUUGGGUUCAAGUAAACGCGGGACAAGUAUUACAUCGCGAAGGAGAUUCUAGCGAUAGCAUUUAUAUAGUAUUAAAUGGACGUGUACGUACAAUUAAUGAGAAAGCAAAUGGUAUUAUUGAAAUUCUAGGUGAAUAUGGACAAGGUCAAAGUGUAGGAGAAUUAGAAGUGAUGACAGGUGCUCCCCGUCCAUAUACGCUUCAUGCCAUUCGUGAUACAGAAUUAGCACGUAUGCCAAGAACGCUAUUUAAUGCUUUAGCGCUUCGACAUCCAGAAAUUACCUUACAUAUAUCUCGUAUUAUAGCAUCACGUACGCGAGUACAGCAAGAAACCGAUUAUAACAAUAAUGAAUUUGGUAAAAAUAAUACCAAUCUUAAAACAGUAUGUAUUUUACCUGUUAAUGGUAACGUACCUAUAACAGAAUUUGCAGAAAAAUUAAAAAAUGCAUUGGUUAGGAUAGGCGAAAAUACCACACUAUUAAACCAAGAAAGUGUUAUUAAUGUAUUGGGUAAACACGCAUUUAAUAGAAUGGGAAGGUUAAAAUUAAUUAGUUGGUUAGCUGAACAAGAAGAAAAUGUUAGGAUUGUAUUAUAUUUAGCAGAUGGAGGAAGUAAUUCUUCAUGGACUCAAACAUGUAUCAGACAAGCAGAUUGUAUAUUAUUAGUUGGAACGGGAGAUGAUGAUUUUUCAAUAGGAGAAUAUGAAAGUUUUUUAAUAGGAACAAAAACCACGGCAAGAAAAGAAUUGGUUUUAUUAUAUCCAGAAAGGAAUUGUACUCCUGGAUCAACAAGAAAUUGGUUGAAGAAUAGACCUUGGAUUCAUGCUCAUCAUCACGUAUCAAUGAGACUUAAGCCACCAAUUCUUGAUGAUAAGUCAAGAAAAAACACAUUAAUGAAUAUUAAAGAUCAACUACAAAAAUAUUAUCCAAAACGCAUACCAAAACGAUCACCUGCAAUUUAUACCGGUAAUCGAAGUGACUUUUCUAGACUCGCAAGAAGACUUGUGGGUAAAAGUAUUGGGCUAGUAUUAGGUGGGGGAGGUGCAAGAGGUAUUGCGCAUAUCGGUGUGAUCAAAGCAUUUGAGGAAGCAGGAAUACCAAUUGAUAUAGUCGGGGGUACGAGUAUUGGAAGUUUUAUUGGUGGAUUAUAUGCGAGAGACUCUGAUAACGUUGCAAUUUUGGGUAGAGCCAAGGCAUUUUCCGGUAGAACUAGCAGCAAAUGGAGACAAAUAAUGGAUUUAACUUGGCCGAGAACUGCUUGGUUUACCGGUCAUGCGUUUAAUAGGGGUAUAUGGAAAAGUUUCAGCGAUACGCUGAUUGAGGACUUUUGGUUAUCAUAUUUUUGUAUCACAACUAACAUUACUUGGUCACGCAUGGAAGUACAUAAAGCCGGUUACGCUUGGAGAUAUAUUAGAGCUUCAAUGUCAUUAGCUGCUUACCUUCCUCCUUUAUGUGAAAAUGGAAAUUUGUUAGUUGAUGGUGGUUAUAUGGAUAAUUUACCUGUUGGCGUUAUGAAAUCGAUGGGAGCAAAUACGAUAUUCGCUGUUGAUGUGGCAAGUCAUGAUGAUACAUCACCUGUUUAUUAUGGUGAUAGUUUAUCGGGAUUUUGGGUCUUAUUAAGUAGAUUCAAUCCAUUUUCUAAACAAACUAAUAUCCCUACGAUGACUGAUAUUCAAUCUAGAUUAGCUUACGUUAGUAGUGUUAAAACGUUAGAAGAAGCAAAAAAUACGCAAGGCUGUUUUUAUAUGCAAUUACCUGUACAACAAUUUGGUACUUUAGAAUUUAAUAAGUUUGAUGAAAUUCUAAAAGUUGGUUAUAAAUCCGGUAAAGAAAUGAUAAAAAAAUGGAAGGAUGAUGGUAAAUUGAAUCAUUUGUUAGAUCAGAAUAAAUCUGAUGACAAAAGGAAUAGAAUUCGUAGAAGAAACAGUGUAUAA